AUGGAUUUUAAAAGCAUAUGUCGCAUUUGUCUAGAGUCAAAAAAACAAACAUUCGAUAUUUUCACUAGUUAUUAUGCGAAAAGAAACAUAUUGUACUGCGAGAUGUUAUCAAAUUGCACUAAAGUCAAGCCCUUAGAAAAAGAUGGGCUCCCGCGUCUUAUAUGCAAAGAGUGCAGUCGACAAUUGAAAAGAACUUAUGCCUUUAAUUUACAAUGUGAAGAAAGUGAGAAAACUCUGAGGUCCUACUCAGAAAACUUAUCAGUAGGCAAAUCAGAUGACACUGACAUUAAAGAUGAUCCUGAUGAUAUUAAGUGCGAAAAUACUUUUGUUAAAAAUGAAAAUAUUGACAUAACAUAUAGCGAGGAUAAGACUUAUGAUGUUAAACUAGAGCCCAAUAUACAAAAUGAAGGAAAUGAUAGUUGGGAUGCAGAUGAUGAUAAUGUUGCUUUACAUGAAAUAAAGCUUAAGAAGACCUUUGAAGAAACAAUAUACAGUGAUAAUAACAUAGAUAAUAACUAUUGGGACACUUAUAAAAGGAAAUUAAUAUAUGAGGAGGAAACAAAUCAUAUUGUUAAAGAUUUAUUAUAUCAAGAAGAAAAAGUAAAGAAAAAAAGAGGGAGAAAGAAGAGAGAACAUGUUCCGGGCGAAGUGCCUCCUGUUCCGGAAAGCAAGACCCCGCAUCAGUGUGACAUUUGUGGGAAAAUUCUAUCUACCAAGAGUAACUUGAAAGCUCAUAAGAUCUGCCACACGGAACUCAGGCCUUACAAGUGUAAAGAAUGUCCUGCGGCAUUCAGAGGGCACAGCGCGCUGUUCCAGCACCGCAAGGUCCACAGCGGUGAGACGCCCUACCGCUGCGAGUACUGCUCCAAGCCCUUCCGCCGCCGCACCGGCCUCGUCAACCACAUCCGCGUGCACACCGGAGAGAAGCUGUACAGCUGCACCAUCUGCUGCAAGACGUUCGUGCAGAGCGCGCAGCUCUCCAUACACAUGAAGCGGCACAAGGGCGACAAGACCUUCCUCUGCCAGGAGUGCGGCAAGGGAUUCCCAAUAAAAGCCGAUCUGAACGUCCACCAGCGAACUCACAAUGGGGAAAAGCCAUAUUCCUGUCACCUUUGCGAUAAAACUUUCGCCACCUCCGGCAACCUGUCCAUACACGUACGGAUACACAACAAAGAAGUUAGAUACAAAUGCAAAGAGUGUCACCGGGGCUUUGUAACCUGCAGUUCAUACAAUGUGCAUCUGAAGCGACAUAAGGGCCAGAGGGACUACCACUGUGAGUGUGGGAAGACCUUCUACACAUCCUCUGCCUUGAAACAACAUAAAGUGGUCCACACCGGAGUCAAAAAGUACCAAUGCAAGAUUUGUGAAAGGAAGUUCUCACAAACCAGCCAUCUGACGAGACAUUUUAGAAGAGAUCAUGCAAAACCUAACGUACCAAUGCCACCUUCAAAUCAUUACAGGCUGGUGUUGCCGGAGACUGACAACUCGGAGUUGUUUGAAACACAAAAAGUGCCAGAUAAUGUUAAGUGUGAAGAGUCU